AUGAGCCUGAAGCCCUUCACUUGCAGCCAAUCCAAGGAGAGUGUCUUCGUGCAGCCCUGCCAGCUGCAGGGCACCCCAGAGGCAGCACCCGGCGCCGCCUACCGCGCCCAGGUCUACAACCUGACGCUGCUCUGCGCCGAGGACUACGUGGUGGAGCCGCAGUCGGUGCAGUUCCUGGUGCAGCACGGCUUCGACUUCAACAAGCAGUACUCGCAGGGCAUCCCCUACCACAAGGGCAACGACAAGGGCAAUGAGAACCAGAGCCGGGGUGUUCGGACGUUUUUCCUGGAACUUAUACGAGCAAAGAAGCCCCUCAUUCUCCAUAAUGGCCUGAUUGACCUGGUGUUUCUGUACCAAUGCUUCUAUGCUCACCUCCCUGAGAGCCUCGGCACUUUCACUGCCUCCUACUUGGAGUAUGCUUACAAGAAGUGCAAGCGCGAGAACUGCAAGCUGCAGGACGCCGGCAGCCAGCACCUCUCCGUGGAGUUCUGCAGCUACCCGGCCAGCAUGUCCCGCUACAUCGACUACCGCGCGCUGGAGGAGGCAAAGCACAACGCGGGAGAGGCAAAUAAGGUGCCUGCCUAUGGAUGGUGUCCAAAUGGGACGAAGUGUCCCCAGUCUCAUAAUAUUGACCUCAUAAUUGAUGAGGAUGACAAGGUUUGGGAGAAGCGGAAGAAACGGAAGCACAAAUGGAAACGGCGGAAGAACGUAGAAGGGUCUGCAAAGGAAGCUGAACAGGGAAGCUCAGGGCAAGAAAUGGAGCUAGCUCAGAACGGGGAGGAGGGACCGCCGCGGAAGCAGAGCUGUCCCUGCGAGCCAGCAGCUGCCAUGGAGCUGGCAGGGAGCACGGGCAGCGCUGGGGACAGGCACACGGAGGAGACCGACAUGGAACCGGAGGUGAGCUCAGACACCCCUGCACACGCCGAGGGGGAGGAGGAUUCGGGGAGCACUGAAGCAACCGCUGCCCCCUUGGAAGCCUCUGUGAGCCCCUCUGCCAAGGGGAAUGGCUUUGACAGCGACCAGGGGGAAGGGAAGGCCGAGGGCCCUGCUGGGGCAGGCUCGGGCGGUCACCCAGACGGCACCCAGGGGACCGAAACAGCCUCCGCUGCAGGAAAGCCCAGGGAGUCCUCCCAGGGGGGAACCCACCGCGCUGGCUUCGACGCCUUCAUGACUGGCUACGUCAUGGCUUACGUGCGGAUGCUCAAGAAAGGAACAGGCACGGACGAUGACGGGGGGCCCUGGCUGCCCGAGUGUCAUAAUAAACUGUACCUCAGUGGGAAAUCGGUGCCACUUCAAAUAGUGAAGAGCUCCUUUUCCAAGUCUUCCAAAGCUCACAACCAGAAGAUGAAGUUGGCCUGGGCCAGUGGCUAGAAGACUCACAGAACUGU